CAAUUUUCAUCUUACUUUGUCUCUCUCUCUUCGAGUUCCAGGAGUACGACGGCGAUCAAACAGGAAAUGGAGAUGAAUUCCGCCUGCAAUGACGAUCUCAUCACUGAUUUCUAAAGGAUAUUCUUAAUUGAUUGGAUCGUUUGAAUUGUUAAAAGGGGGAAAGAGAAAAAAAAAUGUCUUAUGAGGGUGUUGUAGUUUCUGAUCCAUGGCUGCAGAGCCAAUUUACUCAAGUCGCGCUGCGUGACCUCAAAUCCAAGUUUCUUGCUGCAAGAAAUCAAUCAGGAAAGGUCACCCUGGAAGAUCUGCCAGCAAUUAUGUCCCAAUUAAAGGCAUUCAGUAAUGUGUUCAGUAAUGAAGAAAUUAAGGCUAUAUUGACUGAGUCAUCCUCUGACUUGAAGGAGCAAUAUGAUUUUGAAUCCUUCCUUCGAGCAUUUCUAAAUCUACAGGCACGGGCUCCAACAACAUCGGGUAAUUCAAAAUUAAAAGCCACCACCACUUUUCUGAAAGCUACCACAACACUACUUCGCCAUACCAUUAGUGGACCAGAAAAGGCCUCUUAUGUGGCACACAUCAAUAGUUUUCUUGGAACUGAUAAAUUCUUGAAGGAUUAUCUUCCUUUAGAUCCAUCAACCAAUGCGCUGUUUGAUCUUGCAAAGGAUGGUGUGCUUCUGUGUAAGCUCAUUAAUGUUGUUGUACCUGGCACAAUAGAUGAACGAACUAUUAAUACCAAGAAAGUUCUUAAUCCAUGGGAAAGAAAUGAGAACCAUACACUUUGCCUCAAUUCUGCAAAGGCUAUUGGUUGCACAGUGGUCAACAUUGGUACACAGGAUCUAGUUGAAGGAAGACCACAUCUCAUCCUUGGAUUGAUUUCUCAAAUGAUCAAGAUACAACUCUUAGCUGAUAUCAACCUGAGGAAAACUCCACAACUUCUGGAAUUGGCAGAGGAUAGUAAGGACGUAGAAGAGCUCCUGAGCUUAUCUCCAGAAAGAAUGUUACUGAGAUGGAUGAAUUUUCAUCUGAAAAAAGUGGGCUACAACAAGAAGCAGGUUGCAAAUUUUUCUUCUGAUUUGAAGGAUGGAGAGGCCUAUGCUCACUUGCUUAAUGCUCUUGCUCCGGAACAUGGCACAACCAACACACUUGAAACAAAAGAUCCUACUGAAAGAGCAAACUUGAUUCUUGAACAUGCAGACAAAUUGGGUUGCAAAAGAUAUCUCACCGCAAAGGAUAUUGUUGAGGGAUCAGCAAAUUUAAAUCUUGCAUUUGUUGCUCAGUUAUUCCAACACAGGAACGGAUUGUCCCUUGCCAACUCAAAGUUUUCUUUUGCUACAAUGAUGAAUGACGAUGAUCAAACUUCAAGGCAAGAAAGAUGCUUCCGUUUGUGGAUUAACAGCCUUGGAAUAGCUACGUAUGUCAAUAACUUAUUUGAGGAUGUUCGAACUGGGUGGGUUCUCUUGGAAGUCCUUGACAAAGUUUCCUGUGGAUCAGUUAAUUGGAAGCAAGCUACAAAACCUCCAAUCAAGAUGCCUUUCCGAAAAGUUGAAAAUUGCAACCAAGUUAUUGAUAUUGGAAAGGAAUUAAAUUUCUCGCUUGUAAACGUCGAAGGAAAUGAUAUCGUGCAAGGAAACAAGAAGCUCAUAUUAGCUUUUUUAUGGCAGUUGAUGAGGUUUAGUAUGCUCCGACUUUUGAAAAACUUGAGAUCAUACUCUCAAGGAAAGGAGAUAAUAGAUACUGACAUACUAAACUGGGCAAACAGAAAAGUGAGUAGUGCAGGCAGAAAAAGGCAAAUGGAAAGCUUCAAGGACAAAAGUCUUUCAGAUGGAAUGUUCUUUCUUGAACUUUUAAGUGUUGUGGAGCCAAGGGUUGUAAACUGGACCCUUGUAACCAAGGGGAGAACAGACGAGGAUAAGAAGCUAAAUGCAACUUAUAUAAUCAGCGUUGCUCGGAAGAUUGGGUGCUCGAUCUUUUUGUUGCCCGAGGACAUAAUAGAGGUGAACCAGAAAAUGAUUCUCACGCUGACGGCAAGCAUAAUGUGUUGGAGCUUAGAGAAGAAAGCAAAGGAGUCGGAGAGCGAUAAAGAUAAAAGGUAGUGCAAGCUUCCAUUUCUAUGCAGAACUGCAGUGAGCAGCCUACUGCCAGGAAAGAUUUUGAACAAAUAGUAACAGAAUUUUUCGUUUCUUUUCUUUUCUUUUUGUUUUUUAAUGUUUACAAAGAUAUCUAAUACCACUUUGAAUAUUGUAGUCCCCGCAUUGCGUGGUGUUGGUGGGAAAAAAAAUU